CGAACCGGAUUCAAGUAACUUACAAAAUAAACAGCUUUUAUUAAGGAUAUCACGAUUUUUCCGGGGAAUGUUAAAUUUCUUUUUACUUUCAAUUAUUAAGGUAAGUUGUAAGAUCCCAACGCCUAUUUUCUUGCAUUUUAUCACAAAAACAAAGCAGAAAGAAAUUGUUUAAAAUCGAGAUCGGAAUAUGGGUUUCUUGGUAACAACCCUAAUUUUUUCCGUGGUUGGUAUAAUUGCAUCAAUUUGCACCAGAAUCUGUUGUAACAGAGGCCCAUCUGCUAAUCUGUUGCACCUAACAUUGGUCAUUACAGCAACUGUUUGUUGUUGGAUGAUGUGGGCAAUUGUAUAUCUAGCACAAAUGAAGCCGCUCAUUGUGCCCAUUUUAAGUGAAGGAGAGUGAAUUAUUUCUUCUGAAUUCAUUGUUCAUUACAUGGAUGAUUCGAUGUAUUCUCAUGUUGGUUUUGUAUGCUCUUUGAAUUGGAAUUGUGUUGGCAAUUUGAUGUUGUCAAUUUCUCAUUUGUUAUAUAUGUUGCUCUCAUGUAUCCAAUUUUCAUACAAGUUAAAUGUUGUUCUUUCAGACAUUAUAUGUAAUUUUGAU